CAGAAAACUGGGCCAAAGCCCAGCCCAAUUAGUUGUCUAUCCUCAAAGCUAUCUCAGGUCUCCAGCCGUUAGUUACUCUCAACUCUCUCUCUCUCUCUCUGUUCUCUCUCGGCAACGGCGACUCAUCCACAGUACGCCGACGCCGACGGCAGUGGAGCUUAGGUCAUCUCAGUCAGAAGCAGCAGUGGUGAAAAACCCAAUAUGGCUACUCUGCUCAAGUGCUACAAACCCUUAUUAUCAAUCCAAUUGUCUUCUAUUCACUACUCCACUCGGACUAUUCAAGUUGCAACUCACCGACCUCACCCCUUUUUCAAGUCUAGUAGCAUUCGUAGCCUCAAUUCUUCAUCUCCAUCAUUGAUUGCUAAGAAAACUCAAGGUGAAUCCGAAGAAGGUGCAUCAAAGAAUCCAUUGUCAACAAACCUAUGGUUGUACAACACAAUGAGCAGAAAAAAGGAGGUUUUCAGGCCCAAAGUGGAAGGAAUGGUAGGGAUGUAUGUCUGUGGAGUCACUGCUUAUGAUCUCAGCCACAUUGGCCAUGCUCGCGUCUAUGUCACUUUUGAUGUUCUCUACAGAUAUUUGAAGCAUUUGGGAUACCAAGUAUGUUACGUUCGUAAUUUCACUGAUGUGGAUGACAAAAUAAUUGCUAGAGCAAAGGAGUUGGGGGAGGAUCCAAUCAAUUUGAGUAGACGCUACUGUGAAGAGUUCAAUCAAGAUAUGGUCUAUCUUCAUUGCCUGCCGCCUUCCGUGGAACCACGAGUGUCGGAUCACAUGACCCAGAUUGUAGAUAUGAUUAAACAGAUUAUUGGUAAUGAGUAUGCAUACUCAGUUGAGGGUGAUGUCUACUUCAACGUAGACAAGUUUCCAGAAUAUGGACGCCUAUCUGGUCGGAAGUUGGAAGAUAACCGAGCUGGUGAGCGGGUAGCUGUUGACUCAAGGAAGAAAAAUCCGGCUGAUUUUGCAUUAUGGAAGUCUGCUAAGGAAGGAGAACCCUUCUGGGAGAGUCCUUGGGGGCCUGGAAGACCUGGUUGGCAUAUUGAAUGCAGUGCCAUGAGUGCUGCAUAUCUGGGUUACUCGUUUGACAUACACGGUGGAGGAAUGGACCUUGUGUUUCCUCACCAUGAAAAUGAAAUUGCUCAGAGCUGUGCUGCAUGCAGACAAAGUAAUAUAAGUUACUGGAUACAUAACGGAUUUGUCACUAUUGACUCGGAGAAAAUGUCCAAAUCCCUUGGCAACUUCUUCACGAUUCGUCAGGUCAUAGAACUAUACCACCCUCUCGCUUUGCGACUUUUCUUGUUGGCGACUCACUAUAGGUCUCCAAUUAACUACUCUGAUGCACAGCUUGAAAGUGCUUCGGAACGUAUUUUCUACAUCUAUCAGACUUUACAUGAUUGCGAAGACGUUCUGAGACAACACGAAGUAACAGCUCUGAAAGAUUCCAUUCCACCCAACAUCAUGGAAGAGAUCAACAAAUUCCAAAAUGUUUUUGUGGAGUCUAUGUCAGAUGAUCUUCACACUACAGUUGUUUUGGCUGCCUUGUCUGAUCCAUUAAAAACCAUCAAUGAUCUUCUACAUACUCGUAAGGGAAAGAAGCAAGCUUUACGAGUAGAAUCGCUUACAGCUCUGGAAAAGAUGAUCAGAAAUGCACUGGAAGUUUUAGGAUUGAUGCCAACUAGUUACACCAACAUUUUGCAGGAACUAGGGGAAAAAGCCUUGAGGCGCGCCAAAUUAACAGAAGAUCAAGUGUUGCGUAAAAUCGAGGAAAGGACCGAGGCUAGGAGCCAAAAAGAGUAUGAAAAAUCGGAUGCAAUCAGAAAAGAAUUAGCUGCUGUAGGCAUUGCUCUUAUGGAUAGCCCAGAUGGGACGACAACUUGGAGGCCGGCCGUACCUCUCGUGCUUCAAGAGCAGUAGCUGUGUUCAAUCUGAUUUGCGUAAGUGUAAAUUUCGUAUUUUGAAUUUAUUUCAAUUUGCGGUGAAGACAUAAACUGAUUUGAUCCAAUCUGCAAUAGUAUAGAUUGGAUUCAUUAUUUAUUUGUUUAAUUUUUCCCUUUUCUUGAAUUUACAAAAUUUGUUAGAAGUUCGAGUAAUUAUUAA